CCCUAUCUUAUUCUCUCACUCACUCACUCACUACUGCACAAUAAAUGGAUCUUUGGAAAAAAUGCGAGAGAGAGGGAGAAAGGGAGGAGAAGAGGGUGAGCUAAGGGAGGGGGGAAACGGCGUAUGCUUGUAUACAGCAACCCUGAUUUCCAUUUUUUCCCCCAACUCGUAAUGUAUUUAAUUCAAGUGAAACGUAAUCAUGACGUGUCGUGUCAUUAAUCCGCCCGCCGCCUUUCCCAGCACUAAAGGAGGCCCCCUCUGCCAAGAAACUGAAGCAUGGCAUAGCAUCACACAUACUACUGAGAAUGGAUUCUCCUCCUGAGUGUGUGUUGGCUCUGUCCUGUGAGCCGCCCCAGUCACCCCCUACACUACCAUCUCUGGACCACAGUCCCUUGGCCUCCCUUCACUCUUGCUCCCAACUCUCCCCUUUACACAGCCUCCUGGACCUGCCUGUCCCCCUCAGUCCCACAGCCCUGUCCCACACCCCGUCCUCCGACACCCCAGACACCACCCCCUACUCCCCGCUCUCCCCCUUCCCCCUCAAUCACCACAAUGAAGAAGAGGAUGAAGAGAGGCUGUCAGUCCCUCUGUCCCCCACCCCAGCCAUUGCUCUCUUCCCAGGGGGUUUUCGGGAGGUGUGUAGCCCCUCUCUGGAGAGCUCUGCUCCGGCCACUCCGACAUCGUCAGCCCCUCUCUCAGGGUUCGGGGCCCUGGAACUGGCUCUGUCCUCCGGGCAGCCGGGUGCCACCUGUAGUGAUGAGCUGGACCUCCAGCUCUUCCAUAAGGAUGGGGGGUGUCUGUCAGGAUCAAUUCCUGGGGUGGUGGGUGUUUCUGGGGGUGUGGCCGGGCUCAAGUUCCCCUGCUUGGUGUGUGGGAAGAAGUUCCGCUUUCAGAGUAUCCUGUCGCUCCACGCCCGCGCUCACAGUCUAGACAGGGACCGCCGCGCCUCAGCUCUGUACCGGACCGGUACCGGGUCCGGUAGCAUCAUUGGGACGGGGUCCAAGACACAGCUCAAGACCCACCAGAACGACAAGGAUAUCGGGCAGAACCACUACAUCCACCGCCAGAGCCCCGCGCUGUCUAGAUCUCUCACCCAGGGCCAUAGAGGGGAGGACAGGGAAGGGGAAGCCCUAGAGGAGGCUCUCCAGAUGGAUCACCAGAUCCUCCAGCAGUUCCUGAUGGACGACAGCACACAGCUGACCCCUCUGCUGACCGAGGAGGUGCCCCUCUCUCUCUCCCUCACCUCUCCCUACUCCUCCUGCGGCCUGGGUGGUGUGGGUCCCACCAUCUUGGAAAAAGCUACCGCCGUCACAGCGGCAGCGCCCGCGUUCCGCUGCCAUGCCUGCAAAGGUAAAUUCCGCACCGCCUCGGAGCUGUCUCGCCACGUCCGGAUCCUCCACAACCCAUACAAGUGCACCCUGUGUCCCUUCUCUGCCAGCCAGGAGGAGCGCCUGGCCGCACACCUCCAGGACUGCCACCCCUCCCUGUCCUCCCUGUCUCUCUCCCCACCUGUGGACCUCCCCACCCUGCCCCCCUACACCCCCAGACACAUCCCUAUUGUAACCACCACUACCAUCAUCGCCACCCCCAUUCCAGACGCACCCCUGCCCACCCCCACUAUCACCCCAAUCACAGCCCCGGCCCCAGGGGUAUCCCCUCUGCCUGCCUUCUGCUGUGAGACAUGCGGCCAGCGCUUUACCCAGUCCUGGUUCCUGAAGGGCCACAUGAGGAAGCACAAGGACUCUCUGGACCACAAGUGUCAGGUGUGCGGCCGUGGCUUCAAGGAGCCCUGGUUCCUCAAGAACCACAUGAAGGUGCACCUCAACAAGUUGGGCCUGAAGGCCGGUCUGGUGGGGCAGGUGGCCCCUGGCGCCGGGGCUGAACAAGGAGGGCCCAAAGGCUCAGUCACCAACCAGGGCCUCAACGCUCUCUACUCCAGCCUUCUGCUGGCUCGUGGUGGGGGUGGAGGUGGUGGUGGAGGGGGGAGAGUCGGACGAGGAAGGGGCGACAGGGACGGCGCCGGAGUCUCUAGUAAAUCUGCCAUCUUAGGCUACCUGGGGUUGCCUAGCGACGGCGGCGCCAGCUGCAUGGAACGACUCCAGGCAGUGGCUCAGGUUGCGGAGAUGGGGAACGGUAACGGGGGAGGAGGAAGAGGAGGAGGAGGAAGAGAGACAACAAAUGGAGGAGACCAGAUAGCCAUGUGGCAGUUUGUAGCUCGUAGCCUGGUAGCAGCUCAACAGGCCCAGCAGCAGCAGCAGCACCGAGCCACAUCCAGGAGCACCGUGGUGGGAGAAUCUGAGCAGGUCAGGGCCUACCUUGGAGGUCUGGAUCCCCGGGAGGAGCCAUCGUCUUCCGGAGCCCCAUGGGAGUGCCCCGACUGUGGGAAGCUGUUCCGGAGCCUGCAGCAGGUGGUGGCGCACGCCCGCGUCCACGUCCAGCGGCCCCAGAAGAGCCACGGUCACCCUCCGCGCCACACCGGGGGAGGAGAGGAGGAUGGAGGGGGGAGCCGGGUUGCAGAAGGACGAGGAGGAGGGAGAGGAAGUAGUACUGAAAAAAGACAGGAGUCCAAACUUCAAAGUGGAUCUCAGCAUCAGCAUCAACAAGCAGUAGUCGGAGGGUUCCACUCAGUGAUGUCACAGUUCCAAGGAGAGAAUGGUCUGUCUGGCUCUUCGUCAGGCUCUUCGGUGAGCUCUAGGGAGCGUGUGCGAGGCACGGGGGUGAAAGACUGCCCCUAUUGCAGUAAAGCUUUCCGCUCUUCCCAUCACCUUAAAGUGCAUCUGAGAGUUCACACAGGGGAGAGACCGUAUAAAUGUCCCCACUGUGACUACGCUGGCACCCAGUCAGGCUCUCUAAAGUACCACCUCCAGAGGCACCACAGAGAACAGAGGAACACCAUGGGAGCCUCUUCAUCCACCGCCUCCUCACCAGGCCUCACCACCGCCUCCCUGGGCAGAGGAGGAGCUCCACAGGGGGAGGGGAGGGAGGGGAUGGCCAAGCAGCGCCGGACCCAGAGCCUCAACCACAGCUCGGCCACCAGAGGCCCGGCGGAGACGCCUUCCUCCAGGCACAAUCAGCACCAGCCCUGGAUACUGGGCCUCCCCGAGCAGAGAGACAGGGAACACGCGAAGGCCAUGGAGGGACUGAGAGAGGCAGAUCUGGAGAGCCAGUACCGGUAUCUGUCCGGGGUGAUGGGGGCUUUGUACCAGGGAGGGAUGGAGGGAGGGUGGACGGGGGAGUCACCAACCUCCACCCCCACCCCAACCCCACCAAAGGCACCCAAAGUGUCUCGCCGCAAACCGCUCACCACCAGCCGUAUGGUGCCAGCUAAUGGGAGGGAGCGGAAGGGAGGGGGGUCAGCUCCUCGGGGUUCCCAGGAGGGAGGGUUGUUGUCCCAGCCCCUGGACCUCUCCCGCCGCCCCUCCCCUGGGCUCGGAGGUCUGGAAGAGGAUGGAGUACCAGGAGGAGGUGGAGGAGCAGGGGAUACCCUCAACCAGUGCCUGUUCUGUCCCUUCCGCACCUCCUCGGCCGAGCUCAUGGCCAUGCACCUCCAGGUCAACCACACCAGCAAGUCCAGGCGUAAGAGGAGGGCCCCCAUCCCCACCGCCCUGGGUGACCACGGGCCUCAGAGGCCUCCCCAACCCCGGGCCGACUCCAACCCCCUGGCCCUGUGGAGGUAUCUGAGCGAGGCCGAAGACCGGGCCCCCCUGGAGGAGUGGGCCUCAUCCAGGAUGGAGAGGGAGAGGGGGACGGAGAACGGCCUCACACCAGAGGAAGGGGACCUCGAGGGUCGCUACGACCACCACCACCCCGAGGCUUCUAACCGGGCCUCCACCACAAUCAGGAACACACAGAGUGGCCUCGCCGGUAGUAGGAAGUUGGAUGAGGAAGAGGAGGAAGAAGAGGAAGAGGAGGAAGAAGAAGAAGAGGAUUUGGAAGGGGAGAGCAUUAGUCCUGGGGAUUCUCCUAGAGAGCAUGGGAUGAGCAUGUCUCUCACCAUGUCACCUACCCUCGGCUCUGACCGUCUAACCAGAGGGGAGGAAGGAGUGAUGGGGGACUAAACAACAACAACAAUGUCAUCCUGCAGAGUGAAGGGGAAAAGCGGUUCAACUAUACAGGAAGGAAGUUGUUUGGGGGUCAUAGGUUGGAUGUCAAGUUCAUAUCACCUCUUUUAUAUAGUUCAAGGUCAUUGUCAAGGUCACGACCCCUGACCCUUGACUUUCAAGGGCCACGGACUGAGAACCAUGUCCAUGGAGAGGGUCAUGUAAACAACAGCUCACACACCUCCUUAGGAAUCCCUUUUAAACAUCCUCCAUUUUUAUCUCUCUUCUUUUAAUAUUUACAUCCCAGGAGUUCAGUGCAGUCCUCUCCAUUUUCCCAACCAACCAAAACACCCCUUUUACAAACACACAGUACAGUGUAGGACUUUUGAGGCCUUCUCUUCUAUAUUUCAACGUUUCCUGUUUUCCAUUCCAUCUCCUACCAAGAGGGCUAAUUGUGAUGAUUUGAAUGAGAUUGUCCUCUUGCUGCUGUGAGUCUUAAUAUUAGUAUGUGAGCAAAAAGAAACUGUGACCUCCUACUAUUCCAGAGAACACAAAAAGGAUUUUAUCAGACCUUAUACUUCAUGUUUUGAGAAUAAUAAUACUUAUAAGAGUAACGUUGUUGAUUAGUUAUACAACCCACCGCUGUGAAUGGAGGAAAUCUUUAGCAGAACAAGUGUCAAAAUAAGCCAAACUUCAUCACAACUGCCGUUUAAAUAAGAUACCACUUCUUGACACUUUCAAGGUCAUAUUAUGGUCUGUUCAAGAGCACCGAUUCGGAAACGCGGUUCAACCCGGAACCAUUCAAGCUGUCAACUCAAGCUAAGCUAUCCAGCUGUCUGCAACAACAACAACAAACACAACAGGAGCAACUUUUUAACAGACAACUAUUGACAUGACAAUGAUCAAGGACAAGAUGAUCCUGGACCCUGUUAUCACUGCCUCUCAUUGGCCGGAUGGCUGUUCCAAGGUCACCACGGGAACAGAGGAGCAGUUUGUCAUUUCCUGUUUUCCCCUCAGUUUAGUGCCUGUCUAUGUAUGGUAUGUCGUCAAGGGAGAUCUACAGUAUAGACCAGUGUUUCUGGGCUGUUAUAGAACAAUGAUAUCUGAGUAUACAGUAUAAAGCUAAAGUAUAUAUGUUUAAAAAAAUGGUUCUAGGGUAUUGUGAAUAGAAAGCUGUAGUGGUAUACAAAGUGGUGUGGAUCUGUCUCUCGUUACAAGAGACCGAUAGCAUCUCCCUGUGGCUUCUGUGAAAAGAAAAAGAUAAAGCACUUAGUUGAUGAUGAUGAAACAAUAGAUAUACAUAUGAAUCAAAAGAGAUCAAGGUGAAAGGUCAAGAAGUGAAAAUGUAGGUGAAAGGUCAGAGGUCAGUGUUUACAGCAGAAAUGCCAGCAUGUUCAGAGUCGGACGUGGGAUAGCGGUUAUUUCUUACGUUGUCAUGGUGACCAACUGACAACUGAACAAACAGAAGACUGUUUUGGGGGACACGGGACCGACAGACAGACUGUGCAUCCCGAACACAAUCAGCUGACACGUCUGGUCAGGUGACCAAGGCUCCACGACCGUGUCACACUCUUUCAUUUCAUUCCUUUUACCAGAAAAAGAAAAAAAAACAAGGGGGAGGAAAAUGGAGGAGAGAAAAGAGUAAGUUCCCUCACAGACCAGGGGACCGAAGCUGAGAAAGGAAACUGUUGUACUCUUGGGGUACGCCGUCUUUUAGAUGACUAGAUUCAUUUCUUUUUAAGAGAAGAAGAAGAAGAACAGUAGAAAAGAGUAAGCAUUAAAAAAAACUAACAAAUCCAUAGAUACAUUCCGGUAGAAUGUGUGUGUAGCUUUUGUAAAGACAAGAAAAAAAUCCCUUUGUUUAUUUUCAUUUCAAGAAGAGAAGCUUACAGAGAAGGUUAUGAAUAUAGGUAAUAAUAAUAAAUAUAAGGCUUGUUGUUGUGAGGAAAACACUAGUUGGAAUGUCUGUCUAUCAGGGUUAGGGUCAAUUCCAUUUCAAUUCCAGUCAAUUCAGAAAGUCAACCCGAUUCCAAUUCCAAAUUUUCCCCAUUGAAGAGAAUUGGAAUUUCAGUGUACUUCCUGAAUUGACUGGAAUUUAAAUGGAAUUGACCCCAACCCUGCUGUCUAUAAAGAGCACUGUGCAAGGUUUAUCAUUUCCAAAAGUAGUCAUUUUAUUUUGACUUUAUCGAUAGACCAAACCUAUAUCUUAUGAAAAUGUAAUGAGUCACAUUCUGUUGGAGUAAACAGCUGCCGUUUCCAUCCCCUCGCCCGAUAAAUCAAUCAAUCAAUCAAUCAAUCAAUAAUCCAAUCAAAACUUUGUCAUGUUAUUAUUAAGUGCUUGUAUGAGAUUCAAGUUGACAUCACAAAAUAUAAUUUGAUAUCAAAAUAUGAACCUAUACCUAGUAUCACAUACCAUAGCCAUGGUAUUGUCUUAGAGCAUCAUACCACACACAGUUCUGCACACUGUGAACAUGCAAAUGUAAAAAAUAUCAAAAAUCCCUACUCAUGAUUGUAAACAUCACUAAACUAUUUGAUUGGAUAAGUCCUGCCUUCUCGCCCUCUUUGCCCAUUGGUUGACGGCGAGAGCCUGGGAUCGGAACCGCAGCCUUACUUUUGGUUUACGUGUUUUACUUCUAUCCUCAUUAGAGCGCCUUAUAUGAGUUUAGAAGUUCCCUAAGUGGUGUUUCCUUAAAGACAGGCUACAUCCAUAACUGCACUCUAUUCCCUAUAUAGUCCGUUACUUUUGACCAGGACCAUUGAGCCCCGGUCAAAACUAGUGCUAUGAACCCUGAUCGAAAGUAGUGUACUAUUUAGGGAAUAGAGUGCCCGUUUGGAUGUAGACUGUAGUGUCAAAGCCACCGUGCCUUCUGUGUCAAGCACUUCCUGGAUUUGGUAUUUUGUAAGCUCACCAAAAGCACUUAGCCCACAUCUGUCUCUCUUUCUCUCUCUCUCUCUCUCUCUCUCUCUCUCUAUCUCUCUCUCUCAUCCCUCUCUCUCUCUCAUCCUCUUUCUCUCUCAUCCUCUUUGUGACCUUCCAAUUUUGUUCUGUCCACUCCCUCCCCCCUUUCAAUCCCUUUAUCCUUUCAUGUCUGUGUGCAUGUCUCUCUCUCUUUUCUUCCUCUCUUCCGUAACCUGUUACUCUCUCUCUCUUCUCUACCUCCCUUCCGUACCCUCUCUCUCUCUUCUUUCUCUCUUCUGUAACCUGUCACUCUCUCUCUCUGUGGCACCAUUAGAAGGUGAUGAUGUGUACUAUCUGGUAUUGAGGCCUUUUAUUCUUAGAUUUGUAUUGUCAGUUUGUGUGAUGUUCGUACGUUUGUUUGACAUUUGAUGCCUGAUGAGAUGGAGUAACAUGAUGAGAUGGAGUCUUCUUCUUAUAAUUAUUAUUAUUAUUGCUUUGGCAUUAUUAUGGAGAAGAAAGAAAGAAAAAAAGAAAAAAAUGUGUUGUUUAAUGUUGUACAGAACAUUAUAGCACUAGAGAUGUUGUGUUUUUAAAAAGAGAGCAUAAACCCAAGUGCUAGUCCCACCCACUCCUCCCUCCCAUUGGCAGAUAGGACAAGUGCCCUGCCAACGAUAGGAGAAGUGACCUAAAGGUAACGGACUUGCCCUCAAACUGACAAACAUGUUCGAUCCAAUGAAUCUAAUCCACAUCGUACUCUUGAAUUACCCACAGAAUAUGUCAUAUUUUUAUUUAAAUGCUUUAACCAGGCAAGUCAGUUAAGAACAAGUUCUUAUUUACAAUGACGGCCUACCCCAGCGAUGCUGGGCCAAUUGUGCAUCGCCCUAUGGUACUCCCAAUCACGGCCAGUUGUAAUACAGCCUGGAAUCAAACCAAGGUCUUUAGGGACGCCUCUAGCACUGAGAUGCAGUGUCUUAGACCACUGCACCAAUUUGGAGCACUAUAUAUAAUGUGAUAAUAUGUGAUAAUAUGAAUGUCCCAGACAGGCAACAGGCAAUCUUAAAUAUUUCCUCAAUUGCUGUUUGCACUGAAAAUCUCCCUGAAACAUGCUUGAAAUCUUUUAAUUGGUGCCUAGCUACACUCACCAGACAGUUUAUUAGGUACACCUAUCUAGCACCAGUUCGGACCCCCCUUUUCCUCCAGAACAGACUAAAUUAUUGGGUCAUUCUACAAGGUGUCAGAAACGUUCAAAAGGAGAUUGGUCCAUGCUGACACGAUGGCAUCACGCAGCUGCUGCAGAUUGGACGGCGGUACAGCCUGUUCCUUCUCAUCCCAAAUAUGUUCUCUUUGGUUGAUGUCUGGGGACUGCGCAGGCCACUCAAGUACAACUCACUGUCAUGUUCCAGGCAAUGUUUUUCCACUCCUCAGUUGUCCAGAGUUGGUGAUUGCGUGAUCACUGGAGCCGCUUCUUCUUGUUUUUAGCUGAUAGGAAUGGAACACUUGGUGGUCGUCUGCUGCAACAGCCCAUCCGUGACAAGAAGUUGUGCGUUCCAAGAUGCCGUUCUGCACACCACUGUUGUAGUGCGCCGUUAUUUGUCUGUUUUUCGUCCCACUUGUUAGUUUGCAUGAUUCUUGCCAUUUUCCUUCGACCUCUCAUCAACGAGCUGUUUUUGCCCACAGAACUACCGCUGACUGGAUGUUUUUUUAUUUGUAGCACCAUUCUCAGUAAACCCUAGACACUGUCAUGCCUGAAAAUCCCAGGAAGGCUGCCGUUUCUAAUAUAUUGCUUCUGGCAUGUUGAUCAUACCACGCUCAAAGUUGCUUAGGUCAUUCGUUUUGCCCAUUCUAACGUUCAGUCGAACAGUAACUGAAUGCCUUGGUGCCUGUCUGCUUGAUUUAUAUAGCAAGCCAUUGCCACAUGAUUCACUGUCUAUAGGAGCAAUCCAUUUUCGUGAAAGGGGUGGUGUACCUAAUAAACUGUCCAGUUAGUGUAUAUUGUUGACCCUUAAUUUCUUAGUUGUUUUUUUCAAAGGAAAAAAAUCUAUAGUGGUGUGUGAGGGCAUCCUAUCAUAGGUUGUGUCCCAAAUGGCACCGUAUUCCCUAUUAAAUGCCCUGCUUUUGACCAGGGCCAUAGGGCUCUGAUCCAAAGCAGUGCACUAUAGGGUGCCAUUUGGUCCAACACCACUGUCUGUUGGAGAGGUGGAGGGAAGUGCUGGGUUUUAGCUCUUGUGUAGAUUACUGCCAUUGCAGUGAGGGAAAAAUGUACCUAACAUAGUAGUAACUAAUAAUAUGAGUUUGUGGACAGAUUAAAAAAACAACAUUAGAGAUGAAUAAACGCAAAGAAAAACAA